GCCAUCCUGUCCUCUCCUCGUCGCGCCGCUUCUCUUCUCCUACCACCCCCUUCCUCUGCUCGCCACCUCCCGCCCUUUUUAAACCACCACCACUACCAAAUUUGCUUGCCUCCCCACCACCGCUUCCUGCGGUCGUCUAGCUAAGCUACCUAGUUAGGCCACGCCUUACAUCGCCGGCCUCGACACGACGCGACGCGGAUUAAGCGACACGACGCCAGAAGCCUCCGGGAGUCGGAGGAGCUAGCUACGCAGGCGUUGUUGUGCUUGGUUGGUCUCUGUGAUGGGGUCGUCCACGGAUCACGGCGGCGCCGGUGGGCGGGGCAAGAAGCAGGCCGGAGGGUCGCAGCUGUGGAAGAAGGCGCUGCUGCAUUCCUCGCUCUGCUUCGUCAUGGGCUUCUUCACCGGCUUCGCGCCGUCGUCCGUGUCCGACUGGACGUCCGCGGCGGUGGCGGCGGGACGGGUGGGCAGCAGCCACGUGGUCCGUGCGCUGCCGACGGCGGCGGCGGCUGGCGGCAGCGGGGCCGUGAACCGGAGCCUGCUGGCGCACGGCGCGGCGGGGGGCCUGCUGGGCCUGGGCGACCCGGCGUCCCCGCGGCCGCUGCUGGUGGUGGUCACGACGACGGAGUCGACGCCCGCGGCGUCCGGCGAGCGCGCCGCCGCGCUGACGCGGAUGGCGCACACGCUGCGGCUGGUGGGUCCCCCGCUGCUGUGGGUGGUGGUGGAGGCCGCCCCGGAGGUUCCGGCCACGGCGCGGCUGCUGCGCGCCACGGGCCUCAUGUACCGCCACCUGACAUAUAAGGACAACUUCACCGCCGCCGACGCCGCCGCGGGUAAGGAGCGGCACCACCAGCGGAACGUGGCGCUCGGACACAUCGAGCACCACCGCCUCGCCGGCGUCGUCCUCUUCGCGGGCCUCGGCGACGUCUUCGACCUCGGCUUCUUCGACCAGCUCAGGGAAAUCAGCGCGUUCGGUGCGUGGCCGGUGGCGACGAUGUGGCGCGACGAGCGGAAGGUCGUGGUCCGGGGCCCCGCGUGCAGCGCGUCCGCGGUCACUGGCUGGUUCUCCCAGGACUUCAGCAGCAACGUUAACGGCACCGCGCCGGCCUCCGCCUCCACGGCGAGGCCCAGCGAGGUGGACGUCCACGGCUUCGCCUUCAACAGCUCCGUGCUCUGGGACCCCGAGCGCUGGGGCCGCUACCCGACCUCCGAGCCCGACAAGUCCCAGGACUCCAUGAAAUUCGUCCAGCAAGUGGUUCUUGAAGAUCUUAGCAAGGUGAAGGGCAUUCCUUCCGAUUGUUCAGAGGUCAUGGUAUGGCACGUCGAUACGACUGCGCCUUCUUCUUCCUCGUCGUCGCAACCAUCUAUGCACAACAAGAGAAGAUAGAAAGAAAUGUGAACCAUAUAAGAGAAGGGACGAGCUGGAGGACGGCCGGAGUGGUGUACAUUGUACAUGCAUGGCUACACCCUUAAGAUGUUGAUUGUCCUGCUAGCUAGCUGCAAAGAAGGAAAAAAUUUUGGUUUUCUCACCAGAGGAUGGAUCAACCUCUGACCCCCGCUUCUCCAUCAUAAUGUACAAUUUUCCACUAUUCUUUUCUCUAAAAAAAUGUGAUAUAUGUAUAAUUUCUUCUUUUCUUUCCUUUUUUUUAUAUAUUCAAGAGGGUUUAGGUGAAUACAUACAUAAUACCCCCUUGAAGUGUCUCUCUCAAGGAUGUAAUGGAUAGAAGGCAAGCUAAAAAAAUCAACUUAACAAUGAUGAUACAUGUUCUCUUUUGUUCA